CUGAAGAACAUCUCAAUUUUUACAUUUAUGAGUUAAGGAGUUAAAGUUUAAAUCCGAAUAAGCUUCGUUAUUAUUAUUUUGGAUGAUCUUAUACUGUUAUAUCCGUGGUUCAGAUGGCCUAAUACCUAUGAUAUUUCCAGGAGCCUCUGUUUUUUUAAAACAGAAAAAAGAAUAAGAAAAUAAAUAAAUAAAUAAAUCCAAACUUUAUGAUUCGCCUGCAUAAUUUACCUUACCAGGACACUAACACAUGGCCUUUUCCUUAAAGAAACAAUGAACAAGAAAAUAAAUUGACAAAUCGUACCGGAACAAUACCCACGUGACCAAAACCAUCAAAACUCUACCCUUUCUUUUUUUUAAUAUUAUAUAAAUAUUUAUUGAAAGGUGAGAGUAAGCCACAGAAAUCCCGUUGAUUUCAUGUGUUGGUGAUUCACAAAACUGCAAAAUUUGAUGGUUAGUGACGGCCAAACUCUCUCUUCCACCUUCUUUACAUAUAAAUUUCGAUUUAUCUGAAUGGAUUUUUUAUUUAAUUAUUUAUAAAUUCUGGGUUUUUUUUGUUGGUCUAUUAAAGUUCUGGUUUUUUGGGCUUUGAAAUUUGUGGGUAUAGAGAAGAAAAGAGUUUUUGAGUUCUCUUUGAAGAAGAUAGAAGAAAUUUAAGCAGGACCAAGGUUUUCUUUAAUGUGAUUCGGAAACUAUUUUAACGGUUUAACUUACUAUAAAACUUUGGUGGGGGACCAAAGGUGGUGUUUUUAUUUUUAUUUUAUUUUGAUUUUAAUUAUAUAUAUAUAUAUAUAUAUAUAUAUAUAUAUAUAUAUAUAUAUAUAUAUAUGUCUGGUUUAUGCGGGUGUAGAGGAGCUUGGUGGAGUUUAUCCAGGAGAACCUACUUUGGAGAUUUUAUAGGAGAAUCCAUUUUACGAUGACCCUUUUCUUUAUCUUGUGGCUUCUUUUUUUGGGUGUUGGGAAUAAUAGAAUCAUGAGGUCUGUGUGAAUUGUAUAGAACCUUCUUUAUUUCCAUGGCUUCAUGGGAUGUAAAAUGAAAAAGGGAUUGCUUUUUUGGUGUUAAAUUUGGUGGUGGGUUUCACUAUUUCAACUUUCAUGAUGAUUCCUGGGUCCGUUAGAUUCCAGCUGUCCAAGAGAAGUACAUGGGCCGGAGCGAUUAAACUUAGGUGGUCAAAGAAGAAAGAUUUUAACUUGGAGAGGAAGAAAGGUUGAGGGGAUGUCGUCAAAAUCGACCAACAAGACCAAUUGUUCCAGGAGUAGUUCUGCUCGAUCAAGACAUGGGGCUCGCGUUGUUGCACAGACCCCCAUUGAUGCACAGCUUCAUGUGGAGUUUGAAGAGUCCGAACGCCAUUUCGAUUACUCUAAUUCUAUUGAUUUCAACAUCUCUAGUUCAACUAGCAAUGUCCCCUCCUCCACUGUUUCAGCUUACCUCCAAAAGAUGCAGAGGGGUAAGCUCAUACAACCAUUUGGUUGCAUGAUUGCUGUUGAUGAGCAGAACUUCAGGGUGCUUGCUUACAGCGAAAAUGCCCCAGAAAUGCUGGACUUGGCCCCUCAUGCUGUGCCAAAUAUUGAGCAGCAAGAAGCUUUGACUUUUGGAACAGAUGUCCGGACACUCUUUCGGUCCUCAGGUGCCUCUGCGCUACAGAAGGCAGCCAAUUUCGGGGAAGUUAAUCUUCUCAACCCCAUAUUGGUUCAUUGUAAAAGCUCAGGUAAGCCCUUCUAUGCAAUUUUGCAUCGGAUUGAUGUGGGGUUAGUUAUAGAUUUGGAACCUGUGAAUCCAGCUGAUGUUCCAGUAACUGCUGCUGGGGCAUUGAAAUCAUAUAAGCUUGCAGCCAAAGCCAUCUCAAGAUUGCAGUCUUUGCCAAGCGGGAACAUAUCACUGUUAUGUGAUGUUUUAGUUAAAGAAGUUAGCGAGUUGACAGGUUAUGAUCGUGUAAUGGUAUAUAAAUUUCAUGAAGAUGAACAUGGGGAAGUUAUUGCUGAGAGUCAUGGACCUGACUUGGAACCUUAUUUGGGUUUGCACUAUCCGGCUACUGAUAUACCACAAGCUUCAAGGUUCCUCUUCAUGAAGAACAAGGUUAGGAUGAUAUGUGAUUGCUUAGCCCCUCCAGUUCAAGUCAUUCAAGACAAAAGUUUGAAUCAGCCACUAAGUCUUUGUGGAUCUACGUUGCGAUCUCCUCACAGUUGUCAUGCACAAUACAUGGCGAAUAUGGGUGCGAUUGCAUCGCUUGUAAUGUCUGUGACGAUCAAUGAAGAAGAUGAUGAGAUGGAGAGUGAUCAGCAGAGGGGAAGAAAAUUGUGGGGUUUAGUCGUUUGCCAUCACACAAGCCCUAGAUUUGUUCCAUUCCCUUUGAGAUAUGCUUGUGAGUUCUUGAUUCAAGUUUUUGGGGUUCAGGUCAGCAAAGAAGUGGAGUUGGCUGCUCAGUCAAGGGAGAAACAUAUAUUGCAAACUCAAACUGUGCUUUGUGACAUGCUUCUAAGAGAUUCCCCAGUAGGGAUUGUUACUCAGUCACCUAAUGUAAUGGAUCUUGUUAUGUGUGACGGAGCUGCAUUAUAUUACAGGAAUAAAUUUUGGUUGCUUGGGGUCACUCCUACAGAGGCACAAAUUAGAGAUAUUGCUGAAUGGCUCCUGGAGUACCAUAGCGGGAGCACUGGCUUAAGUACUGAUAGCCUUAUGGAAGCUGGCUAUCCUGGUGCUUCAGUUCUUGGUGAUGAAGUUUGUGGAAUGGCUGCUAUUAGACUUACUUCAAAGGAUUUCCUGUUUUGGUUUCGCUCUCAUACAGCGAAGGAAAUAAAGUGGAGUGGUGCAAAACACGAUCCUGAUGAGAAGGAUGAUGGAAGGAAAAUGCACCCUAGAUCAUCAUUCAAGGCUUUUCUGGAGGUGGUUAAGCAUAGAGGUAUACCUUGGGAAGAUGCAGAAAUGGAUGCUAUUCAUUCCUUACAGCUGAUUUUGAGAGCAUCACUGCAAGAUGAGAUUGCUGAUAGCUCCAAAAUGACUGUAAAUGUUCCAUCAUAUGAUGACCGGAUACAAAGAGUGGAUGAAUUGCGUAUUGUCACGAAUGAAAUGGUUCGACUUAUUGAGACAGCUGCUGUCCCCAUUUUGUCUGUUGAUACCUCUGCUAAAAUAAAUGGGUGGAAUACCAAAGCAGCUGAACUAACGGGAUUGGCUGUUGAGCAAGCAACUGGUAUGCCUUUGGUUGAUCUUGUUGGGGAUGAUUCAGUUGAAGUGGUGAAAAACAUGCUUUCACUGGCUUUUCAAGGUGUAGAAGAGAGAAACAUUGAACUCAAACUGAAAACUUUUGGCCCUCAGGAAAGCAGUGGUCCUGUAGUCUUGGUGGUUAAUGCAUGUUGUAGCCGAGACAGAAAAGAAAGUGUUGUUGGGGUUUGCUUUGUUGGCCAAGAUCUUACAGGACAAAAGAUGGUUAUGGACAAAUUUACCCGCAUUCAGGGGGAUUAUGUUGGAAUUGUCCGCAGCCCAUCAGCGUUAAUUCCUCCCAUUUUUAUGACCGAUGAGCAUGGGCGAUGCUUGGAAUGGAAUGAUGCAAUGCAAAAGUUGUCUGGUUUAAGCAGGGAAGAAGCUACUGAUAAGAUGCUUCUUGGGGAAGUUUUCACAGUCAACAAAUUUGGCUGUCGUCUUAAAGAUCAUGAUACAUUAACCAAGCUUAGGAUACUACUGAAUGGUGUAAUUGCAGGAGAGGAUGCAGAUAAAUUGUUUUUUGGUUUUUUCGAUCAGCAGGGUAAUUUUGUUGAGGCCUUACUUUCUGCUAGCAAACGUACUAAUGCAGAGGGAAAAAUCAUUGGGGUUUUAUGCUUUUUACAUGUGGCUAGUCCAGAACUUCAGUAUGCUAUGCAGGUGCAGAGGAUAUCAGAGCAGGCUGCAGCUGAUAGUCUUAAAAAAUUGGCAUAUAUGCGUCAGGAAAUUAAAAAGCCUAUGAAUGGCAUUGUGUUCAUGCAGAACCUAAUGGACUCUUCUGAUUUGGAGAAAAAGCAGAAACAACUUCUUAAGAAAAGCAAAUUGUGUCGAGAACAAUUGGCCAAGAUUGUUGAUGACACAGAUAUUGAGAGCAUUGAGGAAUGCUACAUGGAUUUGAGCUCUAGUGAAUUUAACCUUGGGGAAGCUCUUGACGUUGUUAUAAAUCAAGUUAUGAUUCUGAGUCAGGAGCGACGGGUACAAGUUAUACAUGAUUCACCAGCUGAAGUGUCGUCCAUACACUUGUAUGGAGACAACCUGAGGCUUCAACAAGUUCUUUCUGAUUUCUUGAAUAAUGCACUCCACUUUACCCCUGCAUUUGAAGGAUCAUCUAUUGUACUCAGAGCAAUUCCAAGGAAAGAACGUAUAGGAACAAAAAUACACAUUGUUCAUCUUGAAUUUCGGAUUACACAUCCCGCGCCAGGGAUUCCAGAAGAUUUAAUUCAAGAGAUGUUUCAUCACAACCAUGGUGUCUCAAGGGAAGGUCUUGGUCUGUACAUCAGCCAAAAACUAGUGAAGAUCAUGAACGGCACUGUACAAUAUCUGAGAGAAGCCGAAAGGUCAUCUUUUAUAAUUCUCAUAGAAUUUCCAUUGGCGCGCCAGAUCGAUCAGUGAAGCCAGUGGUUUUACAAACCUAAAUUCACCAAUACCACCAAUGUCCAUAUGGAAUAUUGAUACAAAAUGAAAGAACAGGUGGGAAAGAUGAAAGCAAGGCCUCAUUUCCAGAGGUUCUAGAAAGGAAAUUACAUAUCACGUUCAACCAAAGAAAAGAUUUUCUCCAAAAAAAGGCUCCAUGCAUCCCAUGUAUUCUUCCCACAUACCAUUUGCAACACCAUUCUUUUUCGUCUCUCUCUAUUUCUGUACAAACAUUUGUGUUGAAGAAGACGGAACUAAAUUGUUGGUGGCAAGCAGAGAAAUCAUAGCUCAAUCAAAACCAAUGGUGGAGCAAAGCUUUUGGAGGUGGAGCAGAUUGGGUUUUGUGGACCAGGUAAGGUGUUAGAAUAAUACUUGGAACUGAGAGAGAGAGAGGGGGGGGGGGGGGGAGUUAACCAGUGUAUAUAAGAUGAGCGUUUUUACAUUGAUUGAUUAAGCAGUUAAAAACACUUUCAAGAGGCCCUCUGCAUCAUGAUGUUAAAGAAUCAUUCCAAUAUGAUCUAGACAUUGCCAACUUUAUUUGUGGCCUUAGAUAGAGAAAAAUUAAAAAAUAAAAAUAAAAAAUGGUGCCUUUUAAUUAUAUAGUAUUUUUAUAUAAGUGGUAUUAAUUAAUUUA